AUGGGGAUUGAACUACUUUGCCUGUUCUUUCUAUUUCUAGGAAGGAAUGAUCACGUACAAGGUGGCUGUGCCCUGGGAGGUGCAGAGACCUGUGGAGACUGCCUCCUCACUGGACCUGAUUGUGCCUGGUGCUCUCAAGAGAAUUUUACGCAUCCCUCCCGAGCUGGUGAAAGGUGUGAUACUCCAGCAAAUCUUGUCGCUAAAGGCUGCCAGUUGCCCUUCAUUGAAAACCCUGUUUCUCAAGUAGAAAUCCUCAAGAAUAAGCCUCUCAGCAUAGGGAGACAGAAAAACAGCUCUGAUAUCGUUCAGAUUACACCUCAGAGUUUGAAUCUGAAAUUAAGACCAGGUGGAGAGCAGACCCUGCAGAUCCACGUCCGCCAGACGGAAGAUUACCCAGUAGACUUGUAUUACCUCAUGGACCUCUCGGCCUCCAUGGAUGACGACCUUAAUACAAUCAAAGAACUGGGCUCCCUGCUUUCCAAGGAGAUGUCUAAAUUAACUAGCAACUUUAGACUUGGCUUUGGCUCUUUUGUGGAAAAGCCCGUCUCCCCUUUCAUGAAAACAACGCAAGAAGAGAUUGUCAACCCUUGCAGUAGUAUCCCGUAUGUCUGCUUGCCUACAUUUGGAUUCAAGCAUAUUUUGCCACUGACGAAUGAUGCUGAAAAAUUCAAUGAAAUUGUGAAGAAUCAAAAAAUUUCUGCCAAUAUUGACACCCCAGAAGGUGGCUUUGAUGCAAUCAUGCAAGCUGCUGUGUGCAAGGAAAAGAUUGGCUGGCGGAACGACUCCCUCCACCUCCUGGUUUUUGUGAGUGACGCAGAUUCUCAUUUUGGAAUGGACAGCAAAUUGGCAGGAAUUGUCAUUCCUAAUGAUGGGCUCUGUCACUUGGACAGCAAGAACGAAUAUUCCAUGUCAACUGUUUUGGAAUAUCCAACAAUUGGACAACUUAUUGAUAAACUGGUACAAAACAAUGUGCUGCUGAUCUUUGCUGUGACCCAAGAACAGGUUCACUUGUAUGAGAACUAUGCAAAACUUAUUCCUGGAGCUACAGUUGGGCUACUUCGUCAAGACUCUGGAAAUAUCCUCCAGCUGAUCAUCUCGGCUUAUGAAGAACUGCGAUCUGAGGUGGAACUGGAAGUUCUGGGGGACACGGAAGGACUCAACCUGUCAUUUACGGCGAUCUGCAGCAAUAGUACCCUCUUCCCGCACCAGAAGAAGUGCUCCCACAUGAAGGUGGGAGACACAGCUUCCUUCAACGUGACUGUGAGUAUACCAAACUGCGAGAGGAGAAGCCAGCACAUCACCAUCAAGCCCGUGGGGCUGGGGGACGCCCUGGAAGUCCUUGUCAGCCCAGAGUGCAGCUGCGACUGCCAGAAAGAAGUGGAAGUGAAUAGCUCCAAAUGUCACCACGGGAAUGGGUCCUUCCAGUGUGGGGUGUGCUCCUGCAACCCAGGCCACUUGGGUCCUCGCUGCGAAUGUGGUGAAGACACGCUGAGCAGUGAUUCCUGCAAGGAGGCCCCAGAUCGCCCCUCAUGCAGUGGCAGGGGUGACUGCUACUGUGGGCAGUGCAUCUGCCACUUGUCCCCGUACGGAAACAUCUACGGGCCUUACUGCCAAUGUGACAACUUCUCCUGCGUGAGGCACAAAGGGCUGCUCUGUGGAGAGAAUGGUGACUGUGACUGUGGCGAGUGUGUGUGCAAGAGUGGCUGGACAGGCGAGUACUGUAACUGCACAACCAGCACGGACUCAUGCUUCUCUGAAGACGGGGUGCUCUGCAGUGGACGAGGAGACUGCAUCUGUGGCAAAUGUGUGUGCACAAACCCUGGAGCCUCAGGGCCAGCCUGUGAACGGUGUCCUACCUGUGGAGACCCUUGUAACUCUAAACGGAGCUGUAUUGAAUGCCACUUGUCUGCAGAUGGCCAGCCCCAAGAAGAAUGUGUUGACAAAUGCAAGCUAGCUGGUGCAACCAUCAGUGAAGAAGAUUUUUCAAAGGACAGUUCUGUUGCCUGCUCUCUGCAAGGAGAAAAUGAAUGUCUCAUUACCUUCCUAAUAACCACAGAUAACGAGGGGAGAACCUUCAUUCACGGCAUCAGUGAGAAAGAUUGUCCCAAACCUCCAAACAUCCCCAUGAUCAUGCUGGGGGUUUCGCUGGCUAUUCUUCUCAUUGGGGUUGUCUUACUGUGCAUUUGGAAGCUGUUGGUGUCAUUUCAUGAUCGCAAAGAAGUAGCCAAAUUUGAGGCAGAGCGAUCAAAGGCCAAGUGGCAAACGGGAACCAAUCCACUGUACAGAGGCUCUACCAGUACUUUUAAAAAUGUAACCUAUAAACACAGGGAAAAGCAAAAGGUGGACCUUUCCAUAGAUGGGUAG